AUGGAAUCGAUCGACCUUGGAUUUUUAGAAGAAACAGAUAUUCAAAUAAAAACGGAAAAAGACUUCGAUAUUUUGUAUGAAAUGGCUACUAAAAAGUGUUUAAGGAUAGAAAUUGAUUUGUACACACUUCCCGAAGACUUAACAAAAUGUGACAAAUGGAAAUUGCCACCAAUGUUAAAAGAAGAAGUGGAAAGAAUGAAGAAAUGGCGUCAAAACAACAAAGAUAUAAUCGAACUAAUUAAAAAAGAAAAUCAAAGCGAAGCUACAAAAGCUGUACCUGUAAAAAUGACUUUAGAAGAUCGUAAACAUGUCGCUAAUUGUGUUAAUUAUGGCCAUUUCGACAAUGCUACAAUUUUGGACGUUGAUAUACAAAAUCCGAAUGAUGACACUGAGAUAUCGAAAAACACGUUCAUUUAUCUUUUAAAAGAAAGAGUCAAUGCAAGAGGAUGA